CAGCGCUUGGCUGCUUUCUGCACAAACAAGACGGGAAACAUCAGCGUGAUUUUCUGCAGUCGUUCGCAACAGAAGAAGGAGCCGAGAGAUCGAGAUACAGGACUCUUUAUGAACUGCUGCCGCUCAUCCCAUCCAAGAAGCUGAUUCUACGGAGGUGUCAUCAAGGGCGUCACCUCCCUCUCUGUUAACUCUCGGACGUGUGAGUGAAAUGCCAAGAGAGGUGACUGAUGGCCCUGUCAGCAGAAAAGCUCUUUGCAGGGGCGGACGUCAGCCUCCGAAGAGAAAAGGGUCUUCAAACCCCCUCAGGAUCUCGCUGGCUACUUCCUUUUCCUGUCAGUCCAUCUCAAAGCAGGCCCCAUGACUAGCACUCCCAUGACCUGUGGACACAAACAGCUCCGCCCUUAAGCAGGACCCCAGCUGGAUCCUGCUCGCAAAUGUCAAAGUCGCAAUAGUCGCAGCGCAAGGAAACGCCGAAGGUUACGUGGUCACUUGUACGAUUUUUACUGGAUCCAGGUUGCAUCAACGCAUGAUUUAUCCCUUUUCCCUCCUUCCUCAUACUGACGACUCACUUUAGCUUUUAGUGGGCUGGCUCUGAUGUCAGCUGGCUGGUUGACUGGCUGGAUGCGAGAGUGCACCAGCAGGACACACACACACACGACGCCGUGUCUGCACGCUUUACUAUUAAUAUGCUCGACUCUGCGCGUGGACUCGAUGCUGGAGGACGAGGACAAAGGCAGAUUAAGCGACAGACACCCGAAUUUGACAUCCCCCUCCUCUUCCUCCUCCUCCUUCCUCUCCAUGUGGAUGGGAGAGACACAGAUUGAUGAAGAGCGAUAGAGCACGCGCGAGAGAGGGAAAGUGGGGGGACUGCAGUACACGCAGGGUCUGGAUGUAUAACCAUGGCAACAGCAGCAGCAGCAGCAGUAGCGGUGCAAGCGGAGAUAUAAACAUUGCACAGGAGCGCAUCCAUCUGCAUUAAGUCACUGGAUCAUCUCAAUCCCUGGAUCACUGCUAAGGUGAUGACUGGGAUUAUACCAUGUCUGAGGUACAGGGAACAUUGGAGUUUUCCAUAGAAUUACACAAGUUUCAUAAUGUGGAUCUUUUUCAGAGAGGGUUCUACCAGAUACGAACAGGGUUGAAGAUCUCCCCUCGGGUGCUCCACAGGUUAAUAGUGACAACCCAAGAAAAUGCAGGCGAAUGCAGCUUCAGCUCCCCGGGGGUGUACGACGGCAUCGUGUUCAGCCGGAUAUUCCAGAUCCUCUACAGGAAUGAGGAUAUCACCGUCAACGACUGCAUGAUCUUCAAAGUGCAUCUGCUGCUGGAUGGAGAGAGGUUGGAGGAGGCCCUCAGUGAGGUGGACUUCCAGUUGAAGCUGGACCUUCACUUCACCGACAACGAGCAACAGUUGGCGGAGAUUGCCUACGUCCCGUUGAUCAGCAGCCGCACCCUCAACCUCCACUUCCACCCGCAGAGAGGCUUACAUCAUCACGUUCCCGUCAUGUUCGACUACUUCCACCUGUCCGUCAUUUCGGUCUCCAUUCACGCCUCACUGGUUGCCUUACAUCAGCCGCUAAUCAGCUUUGCUCGCACAGGAAAGGUUUCCUGGCUGGGAAAAGGUUCACCUGAGAGCACCAGUGACCCAGCUGCCAUGGAAAACCUUGUGUUCGGAGCAGGGUACUGCAAGCCCAUCAUCUCUGAGGGGAGCUUUUAUGUGCCCAGUGAGGACUGCCUGCAGAGAGCGCACACGUGGCACAGAAGACUCUGUCGCCUCCUGCUGUCCGCCCACGGUGGCCUCAGCAGCUACUGCACGGCACUCAUGAAGGAAGUCCCACAGCUACAGCAGAUGCAGGUGGACACGGAAGCCCUGCCUGUUGAAGAGAGGCUAAAUCAGCUUGCAAUAGAGUUACAGCUGCAGGAAGGCCACGAGAAGGUGGCCGAGCAGAUCAGCGGUGACGUGGGCCACCUCUGCACGCAGCUGGCCGCCCUGUGGAGCCGCUUCCUGGAGACGGCCGUGCUCAACCCUCAUGUCCUGUCCUACUUGGCCCAGGAGCACCACACGCUCAGGGUGCGGAGGUUUUCAGAGGCAUACUUCUUCACAGAGCACCCCAAAGAGACAUCCCUGACGUUUCAAGAGGAACUAAUCAACAGACAGGACCAGAUUGCCACAGAAGUGCGGUGCUCAGACUACUUGGCCAAGAUGCCUCCUUUACCUGUCGAGUGCCUGGACAUUGAUGGCGACUGCAACAGUCUUCCCAUCAUCUUUGAGGACAGAUAUGUGGAGUUUUGUCAAACAGAGUGGUUACCCCAUGUGCCGGUUCUUGCAACGGCCGACGAUCAUACCGACUCAGGUGCUAUCGUCGUGGCUGCCAACAGGACUCACCUAAGUGGCCUGAGAGCCAAAUGUUUUGAAGUUUCCCAGGAUCCUUCGGACAGUGACGACUGCAUGGAUUUGACCACCUACGUAUCGCUUAUAGGAAAACAGAGUAAGACCAACUGCAAACAUUCUCAGGACACCAUUCCAACUGAGGACAGUAUUGAACAACCAGUCACAGAUCCACAGAAAUCGAAGGAUGUGUCAUUAGUUGAGGCAAGCUAUAGUUCAGGCCUGGGAAAAUUGGCUGACCCCGAUUCUUGUAGAACAGAAGAAAUCCAAAAUAAUGGGAAUGCGCAUCUUGUUACAGAAGAUUGCUCUUACCAUUAUGGUGCUUCAAAGGACAGCAUUAGCCAAAAGAGUGAGGACAAAGAGUUUGAUAUGUCUAUGCCCAUAAAUCAGUUCAUGGAUGGCCAAAGUGAGGAUGCUUCAGUUAGCAACCCUGUGGUCUCUGCACGUUCAGUUUCAGCUUCCUCUCCUGGUGGUCUCAGAAAGGAGGCACCUCACAGAGGAGGUUCAGUCAUCUCUAAGAUCAUAAAGCGCUCAUCCUCUGUCAUUUCGGACUCUGGUAUCGAAAGCGAGCCCAGCUCCGUUGAAGUAGCGCUGCGAGGUCGACCUCCUUUGGAUUUCUCCAGUGAACGGCAAAUUCCACAGCAAAAAGUAUUUCGGCACCCGGUGCUUCGCAGUUCCUUGGAGGGCCUGCAGAUGGAAAGCAACGGCAGCCUUCCGAGUGGAGGCAUACAGGCCUCGUUGACGUCGAUAAGCUCCCUGCCUUAUGAGGACGAGCGGGAGCAGAGCCACAACUGUAAACUAACCAAAUCCAUGUCUGCGCCGCAGAUCAGUAGCCCUGAUGACAACGAAGAGGACUGCGCACCGCCAAUUCAGGAACUACAAGCCCCAAAUAAUCUAAUCCGACACCAACAUUCCGAUCAAAUCCACUUUUCUUUGAACUCGGAGCAGUCAGAAUCAUUGAUUUUAGACACAAGUUCAAUAAAAAACAUUAGUAGUGAAGGGACUGUCAGUUCUGAAAUGCCAAAUCAUCCCCAAAACGUUUUAGAGACCUACAAAUCCAGUUCGGCGCUAAGUUGCGAGUCUGUGGAGGGCCCUCACGUCAAGGAGAGUCCUGUUAUGGUGUCCCAUGAGGAGAAUGUGAAUCACCACAUCAGUGGUGUAAGUGUCUCUGUGAAGGAUGUGCAUCUUGCGGCUUUGGAAGCACUUCCCUGCAGUCGUGGACAAAAGCCAAGUGCUCAUAAAAGUGCAAUGGACCAGCAGAGUGUCCUCAACGUCAAUGAGUGCCAAAGUCUCCAUCAGACUGAACUUCAUACCCAGGAGUCCAGAACACUUCUAGAACUUGAUUCUUCGGGAUCCUCACAAGACUGUGACCUCACGAGGCCGGCAACCGAUGAGCUCACGUCACGCGUUGACCACAACGGGAUAUCAGCCAGCCAGAACGAGACCGCCAAUGAGCAGACGAAGCCCUCGAAGGAGCCCAACUCGGGCCUGGCCUUCGUUAAUAAGAAGAUGGUGGAGGUGGUGAACAUGUCGGUGUCCUGCGCGCCAACCUGUCUGCCCUUUUCCUCUGUUCUAAGAGACUCUCCGUCCAUGAGUGGCAUGUCCACUCGCCAGACUACCUCACCCAUCACUAAUCAGCCCCUGGGCUCCUUUGGUAUCAUCUCUUCAACGUUAGCCAACCAUCUUGGCGUGGACCACGAGACCAACGAACGCAUGCUGAGUUUCUUCAAAGCCAAGGAGAAGCUGUUGAAAGGCGUGAGCUUCCAGGGCGGCCUGUAUAGCGACCUCCCUCUGCUGGCAUCUGACCUGCCCUACUUCCCCCCUGAGGAGGACGACGAGGAGUUUGACGACGGCAUACACCUCGUGGUGUGUGUGCACGGGUUGGAUGGAAACAGCGCAGACCUUCGCCUGGUAAAGACGUUCAUUGAGUUAGGCCUGCCGGGAUCCCGGCUGGACUUCCUCAUGUCUGAAAGAAACCAGACGGACACGUUUGCUGAUUUUGACACCAUGACGGACAGAUUGCUGGAUGAGAUUAUCCAGCACAUCCAGCUGUACAAUCUCACCAUAGGCAGGAUAAGCUUCAUCGGCCACUCUCUGGGGAACGUCAUCAUCCGCUCGGUGCUGACCAGGCCUCGCUUCCGUUGCUAUCUGCCCCGGCUGCACACGUUCCUAUCGCUGUCCGGUCCGCACUUGGGCACGCUGUACAACAACAGCACGCUGGUCAGCACAGGUCUGUGGUUAAUGCAGAAGCUGAAGAAGUCGGGAUCCCUGCUGCAGCUCACCUUCAGAGACCACAUGGAUCCGCGGAAAACGUUCCUUUAUCUCCUGAGUCAGAAACCGGGGCUCCAUUUCUUCAAGAAUGUGGUGCUGGUGGCGUCUCCACAGGACCGUUACGUUCCUUUCCACUCUGCCCGAAUAGAAAUGUGCAAAACUGCUCUCAAAGACAAAACCACUGGCCCCGUCUACACGGAGAUGAUCAACAACCUUCUACAGCCUCUCGUGGAGGCCAAAGAUUGCCGGCUAAUCCGUCAGAACGUUUUCCACGCUCUGCCCAACACGGCCAACACGCUUAUCGGCCGAGCCGCCCACAUCGCCGUCUUGGACUCGGAACUUUUCCUGGAGAAGUUCUUCUUGGUGGCGGGACUGGACUACUUCAAAUAACGGUGCUUUUGUCUAUUACCACCACCAUGUAGGAUAUACUCUUAUGUACAGUACAUAACCUUGUUAGGAACGAGGCGAGUAUUUGUUUCGUUAGGAUGGUUAGCGAUUGGUGUAUUGUGACUGUUUCAAGUGCUCACCCAGUGGUGUGAGUGUGACUAGUAGCGAUGCAAAAUUGUAACAUAAACACUGUAUGUAACAUCUAUCCAGCAUAGAUGCUUUGUUGGCCUUAUCGAUAACCUGUCAGCCGCAACACUAACACACGCUAGUUACGCCGCGUUCCCUUUGGGCGACUUCUUUUAGGUGUGGACCAUCCAUUGCCGUCCGAGUAGCCGCUUCAUGCACUAACUAAUACCAUCAAAUGCAAGGUCUUGAUAAGAAAUCUGGGAAUAAUGUUGAAAGCUCUUUUACAUUUUUCUGUCAUUUUCUUGCUUUAUGUAGCUUUAAUCAUACCUCUCUAAUAGUCUCGAUCAAAGUUGACCAAAAAUGAUUUUGGGGAGAAUUUUUCAUACUGGGCUUGAUUCAGAUAUGAGAGAUGUGUUGGUGUACCCGAUGUCACGGCCGGUUUACUCCUUUUAUUUAUUUAUUUAUUUAUUUUGAAAUCCGAUGAUGUUUUGAAGUAAAUCGUAUCCAGUGUUGUAUAUAGUUUAAAUGUAAUAUAAAACUAUAUAACAGUCAAUCUCGAAAAGUUAGCCCUUAUAGAGUGCUAUUGUGGAUAUAGAUUAAGUUUAACUAAUAACUAAGUGACAUUCACUCCCCCGCAAACUUUUAUCAGGCUUCUUCUCCAGCCAGAAGAUAAAAAUAUGUUUUCUACAUCAGUAUUUAAAAUCGGUUUUCAACGUCCACAACUGAUGUCACAAAAAGAUAUAUAGUAUUUCAAAUUCACACGACAAAAUUUCCCUUUGGAAGUAAACUUGCUACUUUUUCCAUUAUAUGAUCAAAUCCCCCAUAAUAUGACUUUAUUCUCGUAGCGUUAUUGCAGUACUUUAAUAUUUAAAAAGAAAAUGUUCUCAUAAUAUUGUAAUUUUUCUUUUAAUAAUACUACAAUUUAAGAUUAUAAAAUUAUGGCUUUAUUCUCAAAAUAUGUUAUCAAUAUUCUCGAAAUUAAUGCUCAUUUUGUUCCCGGCUCAAUUUUUUUUCCUUCAGCCCUAACAAUCUUUUAUGAUGCAUACAUAUUUCAAGCAAAAAUGAGUUCAACUGUUCCAACACAUUUUCUUUUGCUGGAUUUUUGAUCAGACGUCAUCAACGGAUAAGUAGGUUUACUUUAUUUUACAUACUUAAAGCAAUAUGCUAACAUGCACAGACCUACAUCAACGCAUUAUAAAUAUGUACCCAACCAGGCAACGUAACCUAAACUCGGCUUACACUUUACUAAACAAACGGAUACAGCUUAACAAGUACAGUAUAAUUAUGCGUCCUUAAACCGUGUGCAAUACUACUUAAAAUAGUUUUAUAGGCGAUACACUGUAAGCUAAUGUAUAGAUCCAAUUCUGCUGCAUUUGAUAGAGACUACAAAUAAAUAAAAUAAAAAAACACUUUUUGGUGAACAGUUUUUGGGAAUGUGUACAAAGCAAGAUCCACAGAAAUGUGGUUAAAUGGUUCGAUGUGGAUGAACUUGAGAGCCCUGACCUCAACCCCAACCCCCCACCCCACACACGCUCCUAAAUCUUGUAAAUAGUCUUCCCAGAAGAGUGGAUGCUGUUGUAGCGACAAAUAUAUUUUCUUCUAUUUUGCAAUGGUGUCCCAAUCUAUUUAUUUAUUCUCCGUAAUGUCCUUUUUUCAUUUUGUUGAUAAGUUUACAUGAAGCCAUUCAGAUCACGCCCUCUUCUCCUGCAUAGAUAAAGUAUUAAACAUGAAGCUCGUGUAUGUUUGGCCUUUGCACCAGGUUGACGGCAAGUGCACUUUAUUGACAACCUUGACUCAACAUCAAGCAGGCUUUAGAAAAUCCAUUUUCCCCCAGCGCGCAUCUGUGUGUUUGCCUUGAAACAUGCGCCACCUCCCCCCAUGGAUGAAGGUCACGACCUAACCCCGGGUCUUCUCAGCUGUCUGCGCUUUUUGUGUCGCCAACGAGUCGAUGACGGCGCAACGUUUGCUUUUCUGGUCAUGAGAUUAAGAGCGUCGUCGUGACUGAUUGGAAUUGAAUGGAUCUUUUUGAGGAGCACAAUUGUUCCCAAACAGCCCUUAGCCAAGCGACGCAAGAAUAGCUCCCAUAAUAUGUUUUAAAGUGGAACCUUCAAAGUCAAACAAAAAAGCAUGAUACUAGAAUUUGGAGAGAGUUUUUCUGGACAAUUUUCUAAAGAAAAAAAAUAUGCCUCAUAAAUUGGAGUUGAAACUAUCAGGUGACUUUUUCUUUGCUCUUUUCUUCUGAAGGGUCCCAGUGAUCACAAAAGAUAGGACCAGAAAUGGCACUUGCGGCAUCGCAAGGAAGUGUCUGGCUGCUCGGCACAAAAUGAGCCACGCAAUUAAUCAAAUAUCAUACUAAAACAUAAUGUACACGAAAUGAUUUUACCACGCAGAUGCCAACGUAAUUAGCAUACGGUUUAAAAUAUUCCUUGGGAAAAUGAACAGCUGUAUUUUUACUCUACCGAAAACGUAAAAAAUUAAUUCAAACAACUUAAACAGUUCCUACUUACUACCUAAGCACAUGUAGUCUUAUGCUAAGUGACAAAAUAUACAGAGGUUAACUAAUAAUAAUUCAUUUGUUCGAAUGUCGAGUAAAACUUUGGAGGUUCCACUGCGUAUUACAUUCAACUCAACUAAUCCUUGGGAAGUUUAGACUGUAUAUUUAUCUCCAAAUCCAAGCAAUCAAUGCAAUUUGAAUCCGAUCUCAUGUUUGUGUGUGAUGUGAGGAUGAUGGUGAUGCGUAACCAUUACGGGACCGCCUGGCCAGUUUUCGGUCACGCGUGUGUGAAAAGGUAUUCAUUGUCUGCCCUAAACAGGAAAAUCCUCCAUGUAUUUAAAUGAAUGUAAAAAAGAAAACCAACAACAAAGCUGUCUGAAAUCACUGUGAGAAACAUGUAUUUCAUCCCGCAUUUUUUUUGAAGUGUAUAAUAUGUAAAGUACAGAGAAAACUACUUCAUCUGUGCCAAUACUACUAAACAGAUACAACAGUGUAAUAAAAUAGUUUGUUUUGCAUAA